GAGGAAAUAACCUCAAUGUUUCUGCUUCCGUUUGCAACGUCAUUUCCUGUUGUGGUCUGCUUUCAUUGUCGCUUUCGCGCUUUCGUGGUGUGUACUCAAUUAUGUGCUGUCGUCAUUUUCGUUCUUGCAAGUUAGAAUCCAGUUGGGCUUUCAUCCUUGUUGUUUUUGUAUACACACAACUGAGAAUUUCUCCUUUUCAUAGCUUUUCAAACAUUAUAUUCCCUACCGUUCGAUUGACUUCUCAAUGAUGUUUGAGGACAUACGAGUCCAAGGAACCACGUUAGAUUUUUGCAAGAGUUGAUAUCUUUGGCCUGACCGGCCGAUCUGUCUCAUACAGAGAACUAGUCCUUACUCUGUAGUCUAUAUGCCUUUACCAAAGUCCCCAUUCUGUAGUCUCUAUGUCUUUACCAAAGCCUCCAUUCUGUAGUACCUAUACCUUUAACCAAAACCCCAUUCCCUAGACUUCAUACCUAUACCCAAGUCCCCAUUCUGUAGUCUCUAUAUCUUACGCCAAGCCUUCACCUUGAAGUCUUCAUGCCUUUACCAAAGUCCCCAUUCUGUAGUCUUUAUACCUUUACCAAAGUCCCCAUUCUGUAGUCUUUAUACCUUUACCAAAGCCCCCAUUCUAUCGUCUUUAUACCUUUACCCAAGUUCCCACUCUGUAGUUUAUCCUUUAUCCUUUACCUUUACCAUCGCCUCCAUUCUGUAGUCUUUAUACCUUUACCCAAGUUCCCUUUCUGUAGUUUAUCCUUUAUCCUUUAUCCUUUACCUUUACCAUCGCCUCCAUUCUGUAGUCUUUAUACCUUUACCCAAGCCCUCAUUCCGUGGUCUCUAUCAAGCCCUCAUUCUGUGGUCACAAUAUCUUUACUUACUUACCAAUCCCUCACCAUGUGGCCUUUGUAUCUUUGCCUACCCAGGCCCUGUAGUCUCUAUAUCUUUACUUUUCAAGCCCUCGGGUAGCCGAGGAAGGAAGCUGGGAUUUCAUUGUGGAGAGUUUUCCCCUCGUUUCAGAAGCCAAGAACUUUUCACGUGGGACAGUCGGUUUCUCCACACUUAUUGAUCUACAUCUUUGUCUGUACGAGAUGCAUCUUGGGUAGCCUUUGGUUGCCAGGGAAACGUCUGUGGAGUGAUGUAACAACGCAAAGUGUCUGAAGUCCAGUAGAAAGAUGGACAAACUUGUUUUGUACAUGAAAGGGUGCAAAGCGCUCACACAGAAAAUUGGUAAGUAACUCCGGCAACUGAACAGCUCCCAGCCUCCCACAGACGAUUCAACUUUCAUCUUUGUACGGAGAGGUGGCCUGAUCAAGGAGCUGGUUUGUUUAGUGAUUCUAACGAGUCAAGUUUAAUUCUUUUUUAAUUUGAUGUAAACUAGACCGAGGAUUUUAUAACAGAGUGCAGAACGGAGUUAAUGUCCAGGUACACCCUGUGCUCUCAGACUAAACAGGAGCUAAUGCUGCUAUAAUAAUAAUUAUUAUUAUUAUUGUGGAAACAUUUUCUUUUAAAACGUUUGAGUGUAGUUGUGUGUUGGUGAAAGUUAAGUGAGCACAGGACUUCAAAGAUACUUUAAAACAUUAAAGCUUCCCUUCCAAAGUCACGGAGUUUCAACAUUAAAUUAUGCAAAGUGUCCAGUGUGUGGUUUUGAAGCUACAGAAAACUAUCAGACUUUUGCUAUGGCAGCAACCUUUGUCAGUGUUGUGAAUUUGACAAUUCCAUUGUCUUUUGUUUUAGUAAGGGUUUACGGCGCUCUCAACUGCAUAAGGUCAUAUGAGCGGCAAUUCCAUUGCCUAAGCAAAUUAUUCGUUUUGUUUUAUUUUUUGUUUUGUUUUUGGAAUUUUAUAUAUAUUAUAUAUUUUUGCUUUUACUUUGAAAUGAAUCUCGUCCAUGCCUGUCAAGUUUGAGGUUCAUGUUUAUCUGCUGAGCUGUCCCACACACUGACCCCCCUCCAUCUUUCUGCCCCUCUGCGCAGGUCCGGAAGCUCUUGUCCAUCUUGCUGGGUGCUGUGACCUACUUACUGGGCCUGGCUCUCCUCAUCAUCUGCGCGCUCAUGAAAAUCUCCCAGGUCGGAGAAACACAGCCGGGCUGGAACACGGAGGCGACCACAAGCCUCUACGACACUAGCGAGCGGGUUAUCAACUCCUCCACCACCACCACCACCUCGUACGGUUGGCUCGUGUCCCAAAACUCCAGCUACUCUCCUCUUAUGUCUAUGGGGACUGACGCUUUUGCUGGUGGUGCUGGUGAUGGUGCUGGUGAUGGUGCUGGUGGUGCUGGUGGUGGUGAUGUCGCUGCUGCUGUUGAGGAUGGCGAGAUUCCUAUGACGGGUAUCCUGGGUGUGGCCGGCUUCGUUCUGCUGGACAUGGGCUUUGACCUGAGUAUGUCCGUGAAUCGGGCCUUUAUCCUCGAGGUGGUGCCUAGUUUCCAGCAUACGCGAAUCUUAGUCGUGGCCACCUCAGUAGCGGCGACCGGCGGCAUCCUGUUCUCCUCCCUGGGUGUCUUUGACCUCUCUGGCUACCUCCGCUCUGCCUUCCACGUAGACGGUAUGGCAGCGACAAUCCUCCUCCUCUCCCUGGUUCAGGCCGUCUUCGUCACCGCUUCCUUCGGCUCCAGCAUCUUCAUGGGUCACCUUCUGCACGUACGUCACUCAAAAAGCCUGAAGGGAACAGAAGAAGAAGCCGGCACAGACCACCCAGACACACGCGGCGGGCCUCUAGUAGAAAGUGCCCACUCUGCCUACCACCACCACCACCACCACCGCCCCCGCUCCGGAAGUAUCAUGUCGAGUCACCGUCACUCAGUGAGUGCUAUUGCAGAAAGUAAAUUAGACAAUCUCUCUGGUGAUAAACAAGACGCCGAGUCAGACAAGCAGCCUCUUUUGUCCAGUAAGAACAACAACAUGUUCAAUAACGGCACGAAACCUCUCAAAGAAUACUCCACCUUUUCCGAGAGUAAUUUCACUUCCUCUGUGCUUGGAUCUCUCUCAGAGACUUUUGAACAUCCCCCUAGCUGCGACAAACCGGAAGUGAGACAUCCCAACACAGCAGCUGGGGACACGCCCACGAACCUUGCACAGACACAGAGCUGGGAGAGGGGCCGUGACGUCACGGACUUUCCUUACCAGCGAUUGGACACCACAGAGAGCGUGGAGGAAAAAGAAACUCCGGAGCAGUGUGAUCACUAUGACGACAGUAUAUCUACGUCAUCGGCUGUCGGGGUGAUUUGGAGUUUGGCGAACUCGCUCUCGCUGUCGGUGGUCAAGACAGACAUAGAUAUAGCCCCGCUGGGCGACUUCCACAGUCGCAAGUUGGCGCAACUCCAGUACAACAACAACAGCAGCAGCAGCAAUAACAUCAACAGCAACACAACGAUCUCCUCCAUCACCAAAGACCGUGUAAAGAACAAGAAAUCAAAAAGAUCCACAUCAUUAUUAUCCUCAUCAUCACCAUCCUCCAAACCUCGACCAACCUCCUCCUCAUCAGCAGCCAGCACAUCCUCCUUCUUCAACAAGAGAGUUCUCCUGUUUGCCGCUGCGACCUUCACCUCUAACGGCACCCUCAUGUCCAUAGCGCCCUUCUCCGCCAACACCCUCACGGUGGAGAUACUGGGCGGAGAUCCCACCGCCACCCCUGGGACACAGGCCUACGCUAACUACGAGCUGGGCCAGAGGAUGGGCUCGCUGGGGAUCCUGGUCUACUACUGCACCUACUUCCUGGCCAGUCUUGGUAACAACAAGUUCCUGCAGCUAUACGUCUUUACCGGAAUCUUCAUGGGGCCGGUCAUGAGCGCCGUACAGAGCGCCUGGGUUCCAAUCUACUACUGCAUGAUAUCUUCCUUCAUAGCUGUGAGCCUCAUGGGCGCUCUCUGUUUUGUGGAGAGAAAAUGA